CCGAGCGCCGCAGUCGCCCGAGGAGGGGACGGUCGCGCGGCGCGGGGCAGGGCGCCCCGGUGCGUGGCGGCAGGGGAGGGCGCACGGGGACUGCGCGGCGUGGGCGCCCCGGAGGCCAGUGGCUCCCGAGUUGGGGGGACCCCGCUGCCCGCCCGCAGGGCCCCGGGCCACCCCGCGCCCCCACCGCGCCCUCUAUUCUGGGGCCGCGGGGGCUGAGUUGGGGACCCCCUUCUCGCGGCCUCCGCGGGCAGGUCCCCGCCCGCAGCCGCCCGGCGCUGCCCGGGACCCCCACCCCGCCGCCCGUGGCCAUCUCCCGGGGUGCCCCGGCCGGCGCGCCGCCCGCACCGCCUGCUCCGGCAGUCGUCGGGGGAGGCUGGGGCCACUCGAGUGCCCGGCUCGGGCAGCCUGGCGGCGUGUGUCCACUUCCCCGGGCCCUUCGCAGCUGCUGUUUCUGGGUCCCUUCGGGGUGAAUACCGGGGCAGAGAGCAGUGUGCCCAGGUCGGACGAGGGCAGCGUCCAUCGCAUCUUCCAGCUGCCGGGCGCUCCCCGGGGAGUGGCUGCGCAGGUUCGGCUACCUGCCCCCAGCAGACCCCGAGACCCAGCCGCUGCAGACGCCCGAAGAGCUGUCCAGCGCCAUCUCCUCCAUGCAGCAGUUUGGAGGCCUGGAGGCCACGGGGCUGCUGGAUGAGGCCACGCUGGCCCUGAUGAGGACCCCGCGCUGUUCCCUCCCCGACAUCCCGGCAGAGGCCGCUUCAGCCCGAAAGAGGCGCCAGGCUCCAGCCCCUGCCAGGUGGAACAAGAGGAGCCUGUCCUGGAGGGUCCGCACGUUCCCCCGGGACUCACAGCUGGGCCGGGACACGGUGCGCGCACUCAUGUACUACGCGCUCAAGGUCUGGAGUGACAUCGCGCCCCUCGACUUCCACGAGGUGGCCGGCAGCGCGGCCGACAUCCAGGUGGACUUCUCCCGGGCGGCACACGAUGACCGCUUCCCGUUCGACGGCCCGGGGGGAGCCCUGGCACACGCCUUCCUGCCCGGGGACCACCGCACCGCGGGGGACGCGCACUUUGACGACGAUGAGGUCUGGACCUUCCGUUCCUCCGAUGCCCACGGGAUGGACCUGUUUGCUGUGGCUGUCCAUGAGUUUGGCCACGCCAUCGGCCUGAGCCAUGUGGCUGCUGCGCGCUCCAUCAUGCAGCCCUACUAUCUGGGCCCCGUGGGCGACCCGCUGCGCUACCAGCUCCCCUACGAAGACCGGGUGCGCGUCUGGCAGCUCUACGCCUUUGUCUCCACAGGCGUGCGGGAGUCUGUGUCCCCCACGGCACAGCCAGAUGCCCCAGACCCUCAGGACCUCCCCCUCUUGCCAGAUGCCCCCAGCAACCGGUCCAGCACCCUACCCAGGACGGAUGCACCUCAGAGGUGCCACACCCACUUUGAUGCAGUGGCCCAGAUCCGCGGCGAGGCUUUCUUCUUCAAAGGCAGGUACUUCUGGAGGCUGACACGGGACCGGCACCUGGUGUCACUGCAGCCUGCACACCUGCACCGCUUCUGGCGGGGGCUCCCGCUGCAUCUGGACAGCGUGGACGCCGUGUACGAGCGCCCCCUUGACCACAAGAUUGUCUUCUUCAAAGGCGGCAGGUACUGGGUGUUCAAGGACAACCACGUGGAGGAAGGCUACCCGCGGCUGGUCUCCGACUUCGGCCUCCCCCCGGGCGGCGUCGACGCUGCGUUCUCCUGGGCGCACAGUGACAAGACUUAUUUCUUUAAGGACCAGCUGUACUGGCGCUAUGACGAGCACACACGGCGCAUGGACCCCGGCCACCCCGCCCCCAGCCCCCCCUGGACGGGGCUCCCCAGCACGCUGGACGCAGCCAUGCGCUGGUCCGACGGUGCCUCCUACUUCUUCCGCGGGAAUGACUACUGGAAGGUGCUGGACGGAGAGCUGCAGGUGGCACCCGGGUGCCCCCGCCCCACGGCCCACGACUGGCUGGUUUGUGGAGAGCUGCCGGCCCGCCCCGAGGGCACGGCCAGGGGGCCUGAAGAGGCUGGGCCUCCCGCACUGCCCGGCCGGCAGGGACACAGCCGCUCCGAGGACGGCUACGAGGUGUGCUCCUGCACCUCCCAGGGCCCCCCGGCCCCGCUGCUGGCUGCCCCCCUGCUGCUGCUGUGCAUCACCAGCUGGGGCCUGCUGCUGUGACCGCUGGGGUGGGGGCGUGGCACAGGCCCCCAGCUGUCCACGGAGCCUUAGGGCCGACUCUGGAGAGGACAGCCUACAACGCUGCCUGCCAGCCUGGCCAGGAGACUGAGGCCAGACGCUGCCCAGGGUCCCCAGUGACCGAGUGACCACAAUGAACCACUGAGCUGGGGCAGGACCACCUCCCCCAGCUGCUCUGUCCUGGACUGGGCCCUGGGCUCCGAGCCGUGGACAAGCCGUACAGGAGGCCUGUGGUUUCUGUGUUGUGCUGGGGCCCCCACUGACAGGAUGCCCACGGGAGCGCUGUCCAUGGCAGGAGGUACCCAGCCAGUGUGGCCCCCGCACCUCACUGGGAGGGCAGCUGGGCGCCCCCUCAGCCUGAGUUUGGGCUGUGACCACCUUCAGUGAUGCUCUGCAGGUUUGUUGGUGAGGAAGGAGAGAAACUGAGGAAGAAGUGAGUCAUCGCAGACAAGACCAGGCCACCACCUGCCUGUGGGUCCCUCCGAGGCGCAGGCUGUGGGCAGAGCAGAGGGCACUUACCUUCGCAUUCACGCCUCCUCGAUCAGGUGUCCCCCAGCCUGUGUGAGCUGACCGGGCCACAGCGCUCCGUCCCACAGGCGCAGGGAGGCCCUUUAUGGGGCACCGCUCUAGACCCCUGGUCGCAGAGAUUCACCUCGGGACUGGGUCCUGACGUCUAGACCCUGAGUCCACUGCCUGCCCCCCCACCCGCCUCUGGGUGGACACGACCUGCCCUCACCCCUGCUCACUCUUAGGGCACCCAUGGGUGGGUCGGGAUCCUCGGAGGCUCCCGAGGUGGGGCGGGACUGCUGCUCCGUGUGCCCAGCUGAAGUGCCCCAGCCAUGGGCACAGGGAGCGGUUCGAGCUGCCAGACUCCCAGAGGCUCAGCCACCUCCGGACACUCGCCCCACACAGCCCACGGGUGUCGGGAGCACGGCGGCUGGUGCAGGGACAGGGUCAGAGAUGCCACCCCGUCUGGGGGUCCUUUCAGAGGCCGCAGACUGCGUGCUGCUCUGCAGAGAGCUGGGGGAGGCACAGGCAGAGGGGGGUGCGGCAAGGGGGCUGGCGGGCUCACGGGCAGCAGGGGACUGGACCCCGUCCCGGGCAUGCGAUGGCCUCCAAAGAAGCUGUAGCAUGUGGACCUAGUGAGCCUGCUGGAACCCUCUCGGCCCCGGCCCCAGCCUCAGGCCCUCGCCGCUGUGGACUUGGAGUGUGACGGGGUCCCCCAACCUGCCCGCGUUGGGCUGUGAAGGUCAGUGUCCACCAUGGACUGGACCGUCUUGUCCCUCUUGGUGGCAGCUCACACCUCUCGGUUUUCUCUUCUUUUUUACUGGAUCACCGCGAAUUACAAAGUUACAAAGAUAUUUAUGAUUGA